AUGAGGCUUGACCAUUUGAUCAUCUUGUCUGGCCUUAUCAACCGCCAUCAAGACUGGCUCCUUCCUCGGUUCCUUCCUGGGCCACUCGCGCCUUCCUCACCUCCUCGCUCAAGGCAGAUCGGAAGAACGCGCAUUCGUGACUGCUUCGCUCGGCUCGGCUCCGCUCCUGGCCACUCCGGCUCGAUACUUCUUUCUCUGAGCCGACCUCUCGAUGUUCCAUCCUUCGUUUUCUCCCUCCCACCAUCUCACUUCGUUUCUAACUCCAACAGAGCAACCUUGAUCUUUCUCGUCAAUGACAAGCGAGACUCCUGGAUUCUGGGUUUCUUGCUCUUUCACAAGUCGUCCAGAUGUCUACGUACCAUGGGGUCACUCAGAGUACAUGAGCACGUCCCUGACAACACCGUCCAUUCGUUGCCAGAGGGCAAGCAGAUGACCUUCUCCCCGCUCGCCACCUCAUCCUGCGUCUUCCAGUUCGCUUUGCAAAAAUUGAUGAUUGAGAAGUCUCAGUGUAAGUGCGAUUGUUCAAGAACCUCCCGUAUGAUAAUUGAGGAGCCUUCUUGGUGUCUCUCGGGAAAGCCCCAUGCCCUCCCCCACCAAAUUAUGGCCGACGCCCAGUUCGACUUGGAUGCAACGCAACCUCACCUUCGGUUAUCCUUGCGCCCUCCUGAGGCUUUGGUUGUAACUUUCCUCCAGGCGCAGCAGUCAAGCCAAUUGAGUCUCUUGAACUGUCCUUCCUUGGCUGUGUUGCGUGAUCGUGCAUGCAUAACGAAUGGCAGACACGUUCUCAAAACACCCCAUGGCAAAAUGGAGGCAGUCUCAGCGGCGGCCAGCAUCGCUGGGCUUCUCUCCGUCGCCGGCCAUGUCGUGAAUGGUCUCAUCAAACUCAAUGGAUUCGUACAGGCUGCAAAGGAAAUGGACAUUCGAACCGAGUCCUUGAAUGCCAAAGUUGGGCUUCUUUCUGAGACCUUAGAAGACAUAAAGGCUUUGCUCCAGGUCUAUGAAAAAAACCUUGCCUCGAUUAUCGAGACAUCUUGGGAGCCGAACAUUUCUACACUCCGAUCACAUCUCGUUCGCUGCGGAAAGGACCUCGACGAAUGGUCCAAGUCGUACAAGAGCGUCGGGAAGUCAACAUCGAAGCGACGGAAGUUCCUAGACAUCAUUCAAAACAAGCGCCUUCGAGGCAUCUCGGAUAUGGAAAUUAAAUUGACGGCUCACCGCUCCCAAUUGAUUUUUGACCUCAGUGUUUUGAAUGCCGCCUCUUCUAUGGCAGGGCUGGCGAAGAUUGACGCUGUUCAAGAAGGUUUACAUCAGCUCACGGAGCUCAGCUUACAAUCAAACGCCACGAAUGACGAGUCAUUGGCAUCCGCGGCAGAGGAAUCAGCCGUUCAGAACCGAAAAUUGAGGGACCAUAUCUCAACCGCUGCGAGUGAUCGACUAAGGCAGCUUGAGAACCAAAUCGAAGCGCAUCGUUUAGAGACUCGACAGUCGCUCACGGCCAUAAGCGACAGUAUAUAUGGCCUGGCAAGCUCAAUCAGCAGCUCUAUUGAGCAGCUCAGUCAACCGCAUUCUCAGACGGGUUCAAUGAGAAGAUUGAGUUACUCUUCUCAAACGGAUGGCAGUCACGACGGUGAUCUUCAAGACUUCUUGGGUACUUCAAAAACAUCCAGACCAAUAAGGACAUUUUGGUCCUGCGGCUCGGCAAUUGGAAUGGACGAAUACUUUGUUGCCGGCCAUAACGAGGAUUUGGUCCACUGCAUAUUUUGUCUACAACGCUUCGACAUCAACGAAUCGCAACAGCAAGCAAUGCAUGUCGUAAACGUUCACGCACCAGCUGCCUGUAAUCAGGGAAAGCUCUAUAUCUCCUUAUCAGAUUUCAAGUUUCAUUUAUGCGAAUGUCAUUCUGCCCAACAUCUUGAGGGCUUACCUCAAACUUUGGACUCGCAGCCGACCUCAAUGUAUGUUGAGAAACAGAUAUGUCAACUGCUUUCGGAAACCGAGUACGUUGAAAAACGCCUGGGAUCGUACAUACAUGCAUUCAGAGACAUGAAUCAAGUUAUUGAGAGGAUUGCUCAUCGUGUUUUUUGGGUGCAAGACCCGCCACAGCAGCUAAUCCAGGUGCUUUAUAAGGCAGCGGUACUAGAAGAGAAGUUGAACGUUAACUUCAAUCGGCCAUUCCCCCGAAGCUGGGCUCCUAUACCAGAAGACAUGAUCAGAGGGGGUACUAGGUGGACCGGAGAGAGCUUGUGUUCCACCCCACAUCAUAACCUACGAUGGUUCGUCAAAGACACCGCGAUUCGCCAAGCAGGAUGGCGUAAGCUUGACAGUGAAGAGCAACAAUCCUCGUGUACCGAAUGUCGGGGCGCUGCAACUUAUCGUACCUUUGAAGAGGCAGCGUCACAUCUGCAACGGCAGCACUUCAAAAUUCCAGGACUUCCGCCUACCAAGGCUGACUUGCGAGCAUUUUGUCACCAGUAUCAGCCAAACAAAUUCAACGGAUGGCUCGAAUCUCAAUGGAGAGACGAUCUGGUGCCCCUAGUCGCUAGUUUGAACCACAGGACGCCAAGCCUACAAAAGAUAUACCAGUGGAAGUUGGGAACACUCGCCCGGUCGGACCAUUUUAUCACCAUGCUGUGGCACGAAGCUGUUGUUGGCGAUCGCAAAAGAAUGCUUCUUUCCUCGAUCGAUGGGGCAGGCAAGUUCCUGACGAUCCUCAAGGAUGCCUUUCCAUGGGACGGCUUAGUACAUUCUAUACCAGACAAUUCGAGCAAGAUGGACAUUGACGAGGAAGAUGAAAACUCAUCUUGGACAAGAAGCGACGGUGCGGUGGAUUUCAACUUGUCAGAAACGGUAUCGAGAGAAGAGGAACGGUCCUAUGAACCGCCUCUUGCAAGAUUCGUCAAUUAG